AUGUUCACCUUUUGCCCCCUCCAGGGCGCCCUCUCCGAAUCCACGGCGUCGCAAUCCCUCCUCGAGCUCGAUGGCGGCGUCAAGGUCCUCGUCGACCUCGGCUGGGACGAGUCGUUUGAUGUCAACAAGCUAGCCGAGCUCGAAAAGCAAGUCCCGACGCUCUCGCUCAUCCUCCUCACCCACGCCACCGUCUCUCACCUCGCCGCCUACGUCCACUGCUGCAAAAACUUUCCUCUCUUCACCCGCGUCCCUGCCUACGCCACCCGCCCCGUCAUCGACCUCGGCCGCUCCCUCACCCAAGACUUGUACUCGUCGACCCCCGCCGCCUGCACCACAAUCUCCCAGAGCUCCCUUUCCGAGCUCGCCUAUGCCUAUUCUCAGACGGCCUCGACCGCCCAGAACCUCCUCCUACAGUCCCCGACCCCAAGCGACAUCGCGCGAUACUUCUCCCUUAUACAACCCCUCAAGUAUUCGCAGCCUCACCAGCCGUUGCCGUCGCCAUUUUCCCCGCCGCUCAACGGACUGACCAUCACCGCCUACAACGCGGGCCAUACUCUCGGCGGCACCAUCUGGCACAUCCAGCACGGGCUGGAAUCCAUCGUCUACGCUGUCGACUGGAACCAGGCCCGAGAAAAUGUCUUUGCUGGCGCCGCCUGGCUCGACGGGGCCGCGGGCGGCGGAGCCGAAGUCAUUGAGCAGCUGCGGAAGCCGACGGCUCUCAUUUGCAGCAGCCGGGGCGCGCAGGCCGGCGGCCGUGUUAAGAGAGAUGAGAGCCUGAUCGACAUGAUCAAGGCGUGCGUGUCCAAGGGAGGCACGGUGCUGAUUCCCGUCGACUCGAGCGCCCGUGUCUUGGAAAUGGCCUACUUUCUCGAGCACGCGUGGAGGCAGGAUGCUUCGCCCAAGGGCAGCACUCUGAGAUCGGCCAAGCUCUACCUCGCUGGCCGCAACAUGUCGAGCACCAUGCGCUAUGCUAGGAGCAUGCUUGAGUGGAUGGACAACAACAUUGUGCAGGAGUUUGAAGCGAAAGAAGCCGGCCCUUUCGACUUUAAACAUCUCCGGCUCCUUGAACGAAGGGCGCAAAUCGCCAAGCUGCUCAGCCGCGUCGGUGAUCAUGGCGAGUCCAAGGGUCGGGUCAUAUUGGCCAGCGACAUGAGCAUGGAGUGGGGCUUCUCCAAAGACUUGAUCAAGGGCUUGGCGAGUGAUUCCAAGAACCUAGUCAUUCUGACCGACAGGCCAAGCGUGGCCAAAGACGGCAGCGAGUCUGUUGCGAGGACCCUCUGGGAAUGGUGGAAGGAAAAGCGGGACGGAGUCUCUGUCGAGCAGACGGCUGGCGGCGACCAACUCGAGACGGUGUACGGCGGCGGUCGGGAGCUGCAGCUUCGCCAGGCUGCCCGACAAGCUCUCGAAGGCGACGAGCUCGCCGUUUACCAACAAUGGCUCGUCACCCAGAGGCAGCUCCAGGCGACGCAGCACGCGGGCGGGGCCACGGCUUUGGAGGCAUCGGCCGAUGUCGACGAUGCGUCUUCAGAUUCGUCGUCUGAUUCCGAGGACGAGGAUGGCCAGCAGCAAGGCAAGGCACUGACCGUUUCCGCAACCAUGGGCCAGGCCGGGCGCAAGAACGUGGUGCUCAAGGACGAGGACCUGGGCAUCAACGUCUUGAUCAAGAAGAAGGGCGUCUACGACUUCGACUCACGCGGAAAGAGGGGCCGCGAAAGAUGCUUUCCCCUUGCCGUCCGGAGAAAGAGGAACGAUGACUUUGGGGAGCUGAUUCGACCCGAGGACUACCUGCGCGCGGAGGAGAAGGAUGAGGACAACGCCGACGGCGGCAACGUGGCGGCCGAGGACGACAAGCUUGGCAAGAAGCGCAAGUGGGGCGAUGUCGCCAAAAGGGCCUCGGGGCCCAGGAGACGGGGGCAGGGCGGCAAGGCGCAGGCGGCGGCCGAGGCCGUGGACGGAGCUGCUGCCGCUGCCGCCUCCGCCGCCGAAGCGGUCGAGCACGACGAAUUGGACGCUGUGGAGGAUACGGAGCCCGAAGAGCCGACGGGUCCGUCCAAGCUCGUCUACAACUCGGAGACGAUUGCGGCCAACCUCCGCAUUGCCUUUGUCGACUUCAGCGGUCUCCACGACCGGCGAAGCCUGGACAUGCUGAUCCCCCUGAUUCAACCGCGCAAGCUGAUUCUCGUGGGCGGCAGCCGCGACGAGACGAUGGCCCUCGCGGCGGACUGCCGGGCAGCGCUGGCCAAGGACGGGGAUAAGGCGGUGGACGUGUUUACGCCCGAAGUCGGCGUCUGGGUCGACGCCAGUGUCGACACCAACGCCUGGGUCGUCAAGCUGGCGGACCCGCUGGUCAAGAAGAUCAAGUGGCAAAACGUCCGUGGCUUCAGCAUCGUCACCAUCAGCGGCCAGCUCCACGCGGCGGCGGGCGCGUCCGAGGCCCCGCCGGCGGACGAGGACGAGUCGCGGGCCAAGCGCCAGAAGACGGAGCCGUCGUCGGCGGCGCUCGCGCCGACGUCGCUGGCCUCGUCGGCGGCACCGUCGGCGCUGCCCGUGCUCGACGUGGUGCCGGUCAACCUGCUCUCGGCGACGCGCACGGCCGCGCAGCCGCUGCACGUGGGCGACCUGCGGCUGGCGGACCUGCGGCGCGCGAUGCAGGGCGCCGGCCAUGGGGCCGAGUUUCGCGGUGAGGGCAUGCUCGUCGUCGACGGCUCCGUCGUCGUGCGCAAGACGACCGAGGGCCGCGUCGAGGUGGAGAGCGUGGGCCUGCCCGUCGCCGGCGGCGCUAGGAGGAACACUGUGUACGCGGUCAAGAGGGCCAUUUACGAAGGCCUGGCUGUCGUGGCGGGCGCCUAG